CGCAGUACCGUCAUUCUGGCGUCAGGACUCCGAAUCCCAAUCCCAAUCUCUCUCCAUUACUACCACCAUAUACACCAUCUAACAUGCCUGACAAAUUCAUGGUCAUCUUCAAACCUGGAACCCCACAGUCAGAAAUCGAUAAAUAUGUCAAUCAGGUACAGGAUAAUGGGGGGGAAGUUCACCAUAAAUUCGACUCCACUCUCCACGGCUUUUCGGCGACAAUCCCUGAGACACAGUUGCAACAGCUUCAGAGUCUGCAAGCUAGUGGUCCUAUCGAAUACAUCGAACCCGACACUAAGGUGACAAUCCAGUAGAAUGUAAGGCAUGUAAUGGAUGACAGAGUACAUAUAUCGCAAGAUGUAACUAUGUCUAGUGUAAUCAGGAAGCCUUUCUGAAUCUCGCCACCAACGUGGUGCAACCUGGGGUUCAUCGAUUC